AUGGCUUCACCGAAUCAGCCGAAGCGGAAGGAUCGUCCCUGCGAUGCUUGCAGGAAGCGAAAGAGUCGAUGCGUGAUCGAGGAAGAAUCAACGAUAUGCGUCCUCUGCAAGUUCCAUGGUCAGGAAUGUACCUUCAUCCAGAAUCCACAGUCUCGGAAGAGAAAGCCUACUCAAGAUCCCGAUGAUUCUGAGACUGCGAAACGACGGCAUUCAAGCUCGUCGGCGAGGUCGAAGAUAUCCCCAGGGGCUCAGAUGAGAGUCAUUCGGACGACGAAUGGAACCGGAGUAGAAGAAUAUGAUGAUCUGGAAGGCCCCAGCCUGUUGAAAAAGACACUCGGCUUGCAGAACAAGCAUCACAGCCAAUAUGUCGGUGCCACGAGAGGACUCGAGCCUGAUUUGCUGGGACAGUUAUCUACCACUGGGCGGAGUGAAGUUCAGCUGACAGAAGGCACUCUUCGGAGAGUGAGCUCAACCGAGGCCUUCCUCCUCUUGCCCGAUCCAGGCACCCAAGGCUACUCCGAUGAACUCGAUGAUUUGGAUGCAAUCGAAGCUAUCAUUCGACCUCACGGCAAAUUACUUGUGGACUUGUACUUCAGAAUUGUCUUUCCCAGCUUCCCCAUCCUUCAUAAGGAGGUGUAUCUUGAGAAGUAUAGUCGCUCCUACCGCGAGUUCUCACCGCCUCUACUGGCAGCUGUCUACCUCCUCGCUCUUCAAUAUUGGACAUACGACAACCAACUCAGCAGAUCUACCAAACCAGACGUUCUGGAGCUAGAGAAGCUUGCUCGAAAAGCUCUUGGAGAUACGAUUCAUCGGCCUAAACUCUCUACCGUGCAGGCUGGGCUAUUGCUACUUCAGCAUACUGACACCGACUCCGCUGAGUUGACAGCACAACUGAUCAGCGUUGCUUAUGGACUGGGCCUACACUUGGAUGCUUCUAAUUGGAACAUUCCCGACUGGGAGAAGGGCCUUAGAAAACGCCUUGGGUGGGGUCUCUAUAUGCAGGAUAAAUGGUCCAGCUUGGGCAGUGGCCGACCAUCUCUCAUCAACUCGGCGAAUUGGGCACUGCAGCCCGUGACCAACGCAGAUUUCCCUGAGAACGCUUCUCAUGAAGAUGAGCAAGAGGGAAGCUCUGAGGUCGAGAAGGGACGAAUACUUUUUAGUCACAUGAUCGCCCUCUCACAGAUUUUGGCGGAUCUGCUUGAUACGGUGUUCACUGUGAAGACAACGAGAGACAUUGCAGACGCAGGUCCAAAUGGCCUUUCUAUCGUUCUCGAGAAGGUCAAACCCGUUCAGCUCAGGCUGAAAGACUGGUUCUCAAGCCUACCAGAGUGUCUAUCGAUGGAAGCAACCAAAGUUAUGAAACUCAAUUCCGUGGGAUAUCUUCGCCUUGCCUAUGUCGCCACUGAAAUAACCCUUCACCGGCGAAUAUUACUUACUCUUUCUCCUGCAACCGAUCCUCAGCUGUACCGUAUCUGCCGCUCAGUCGCGCAUGAGAGAUUUAUAUUUGCCAUUGAUUUUGUGCAGUCAUUGAAACCACAACAUCUGUCGAGCUUUUGGUACUUUGCAUCUCCACAAAAUUUCGCUCUCAUUGGCGUUUUUGGGACAUUGCUACUGUCAACAGCGUCAACUCUAGAGGAAGCUGACUUCUACCGAACAAAGUUGAGAGAGUAUCGAUGGAUAUUGAGAAUCAAUAGCGAGAACGGUGCGAGAUACAUGAAACCUGCAAUGGCGUUGCUUGAUGCCAAUACAGGGCUCUUAACAGCGAAGGCCGAGAGUUCGAGCCCUCAACCACUUCCUACGAAUCCGGCUGAUCAACUCCAACAAUUCGAAAAUGGGAGCGUCCAAUCUUCAAAACAUCCAGAGCACUUUCAAUUUUCAAACUCCCACUUAUCACCGACCGAAUUUGCGUCGCCGAGUCAGUACUCGUUUGACACUCAGUACUACCCGAGUCAGCACUCAACGUCAACUUCGCCUGCUACAUUUACAUCCAGUAAUCUUGAUCCGCAGUCCCAGGAGUUCGGGUAUGGCAUGGGGGGGAAUACCGGGUUGUGGUCGUAUUGA